AUGGCGCGACUAACACCGCUCCUCGUAGCCCUGAGCGGCCUUUUCCUCAGCUCAUCACCGCUCGCAUCGGCCCAGCAGACAGGAGCAAACUCCACGUCGGGGUCAGAAACCGUCCACGUAGGCUGGCUAGACGGCAAGGCACCCUCGAUAUUUGCAGGGGCCACCUUUGGCCUCCCUUGGCCCCGAGGAAGGUACCGUCCCGACACCGCAAGCUUCACGACGCCAGACGGCGGCGCUGAGCUCCAGUCGUGGGGGACGGCCUACUGGCCCGACGGCUCCUACAAGUGGACCGCCCAUGCCGUGCCCGCGUCCUCGACUCCUCCGGCCGAUGGCUACACGGUGAUUGCAUCCGGGGGCGAGUCGUCAGGGAACUACACCAGCAGGAACAAGCACAGACGACGACGACGGGACGGGACUGCGGGACUGGUGACUUCAAACACGGACGAAGAAGUAACAGUGGACACGGGCAACAUGUCGGUUUCGUUCCCGAAACGAGGCAAAGCAGUGGUGGGCGAGUUGCGCUCUUCAGGGGGGAAAAUAGUGGGAAGAAACGGGCGGCUGGUGCUGCAUUCACAGUCGGGGGUCCUGGAAGAUAUCGACCAGGCAGCGACGGGCGGAGCCAUGCAGCACUUUUCCUUCCAGAGCACCGUCGAGAACGUCACAGUCAGCGAGGAGUCUUCAUCCACUCGCGCACUGGUUACGGUGCGCGGAAAGCACGCAGCCACCGCCGGCUCGCACCAGCCAUGGCUCCCGUUUGUGCUGAGAUUCUAUCUCUACCGCGGGGCCGACACGAUGCGCAUCGUGCACAGCAUCGUCUACGACGGCGACGCCAGCACCGACUUCAUCACGGGAGUCGGGGUCCGCUUCGACAUGCCCCUGGCCGGCGAAGAGCUGUAUGACCGCCACGUCCGGCUCGCCGGCGUGGACGGCGGCCUGAUGAGCGAGGGGGUCAAGGGACUCACGGGCCUCCGGCGCGACCCCGGGGCGGCAGUCAAGGCGGCGCAGGUGGGCGGGCGCAAGACGCCGGCGACCGAGACGUGGGACGCGCGCGUGACCAGCCGGCUGCGGUGGAUCCCGGACUGGAACGACUUCAGCCUCGCGCAGCUGUCGCCGGACGGGUUCACGGUCAAGAAGCGGACCGGGGCCGGGCAGAGCUGGGUGCAGGCGAGCGGCGGCACCAGGGCGGGCGGGCUGGCGUACCUCGGGGGCGCGACCAAGGGCGGGCUGGCGCUGGGGCUGAGGCACUUUUGGAAGCGGCACCCGACGGGGCUGGACGUGCGCAACGCCGCCGCGGACGAGGCCCAGCUGACGCUGUGGAUCUACAGCCCCGAGGCCCAGCCGCUCGACCUGAGGCCGUUCCACGACGGGCUGGGACAAAAGACCUACGCCGACCAGCUCGACGCCCUCGAAAUCACCUACGAGGACUGGGAGGAGGGCUACGACACCCCCACCGGCAUAGCGAGGACGAACGAGGUCUUUGUUACGGCGUUUGACGGCACACCCUCGGCCCAGACGUUGGCCCAUCUAGUUGAGCACAUGGACAAGCCACCCGUCUUGACAGCAGCACCCCAGACAUAUCAUGCAUCUGGCGCCCUCGGCACUUAUUGGUCGCUGCCAGGCCAAGGCGGCGUUGGAGAUACUGCGGCGGCUGCCACGAUUGAGAAGAACCUCGACUUUCUGUUCAAGUUUUACCAAGACCAGGUUGAGCAGCGACGGUGGUAUGGGUUUUUGGACCAUGGUGAUUUUAUGCACACCUAUGACGCCGACAGACACACGUGGCGCUACGAUGUUGGUGGUUAUGGAUGGGACAACUCGGAACUUUCACCAGACAUCUUCUUCUGGCAACAGUUCCUCCGCACCGGGCGCGCCGACGUCUACCGCUUCGCCGAGGCUCUGACGCGGCACACGGGCGAAGUGGACGUGUACCACAGCGGCAAGUGGAAGGGGCUGGGCACGCGGCACGGCGUGCAGCACUGGAGCGACAGCGCCAAGCAGGCGCGCAUCUCGACGCCGCAGUACCGCAAGGUCUUCUACUACGUCUCGGGCGGCGACGAGCGGGUCGGCGAGCUCAUGGAGGAGACGCUGGACGCGGCCAGGACCUUUACGUUCCUGGACCCGCGCCGCAAGGUCCGCAGCGACGGCUUCGAGCCCUCCGAGACGGCGGCCGACAUUGGGCUCGGCACCGACUGGGGCGCGCUCGCGGCGGGCUGGCUGAUCGAGGUCGAGAGGCGAGGACCCCGUCGGGACGAGGCCAUGGCCAUGCUGAACAAGACCAUGGCCGGCAUCGGCCGGCUCAGGUUCGGCUUCGUGACGGGCCAGGCCGUGUGGAAUCCGCAGACGGGCGACCUGGGUCCACCGCCCAACGACCCGCUGAACAACGGCUCCAUCGGCAUCUCGCAUCUCUCGUCCGUCUUUGGCCUGGUCGAGGUCGUGCACGAAAUCACCGAGCACAUGGGCGGCCCGGACCAGCUGCCGCCCGGCUUCGACGCCGCGUGGCUCGACUACUGCCGGUACUAUAGCGCGACGGCCGACCAGCAGCGCGCAAAGUACGGGGCCGCCUUCUCCGGCACCAGCCUGAAGCAGGGCCACUCGCGACUGACGGCCUACGUGGCGAACCGCACGGGCGAGGACGCGCUGGCGAGGCGCGCCUGGGCUGAGUUUUACGGAAACGACGGCCUCAGACCUUCUCUUCCGUGGGCGAGCGUGUCGGUAAACAGGACGGACUUUAUUGGCCCUGCCGUCGAGGCGCCCUGGUUAAGCACCAACGAUCUUGGCCUGUAUGGUCCUGCAGCCAUUGAGAAUCUGCAGCUCGUGCCCCAGGCUUUGAGUGGUCCACCAAACCUAAAAGCUUAG